CGACGACAGCUCCUGCUGGUGCUGGGCUGUAAAGAGGCCACCUUUGAUUAACUAACUCCUCCAGCGUCCGCCCCAUAUAAGAAUAUCACCAACGUCCCUCCUCUCCUUUCUUCUGCUUCCCCGUCUGUUUCUUCCUCUCUUCGUGUCCUGUGGAUUGAUCGCCUUGUUCCCUUUUUUGUGCUGAUUACCAUCUUGUUUCCUGUUCCUCAUAGAGAGGCCCGUCCGUCACAAUACAAUGCGUCUCAACGCUUCCCUGGCGUCGCUCAUCCUCUCCUCGAUAGCUCUCAUUGGCAAUGUCCAUGCAGAGGACGAGGUCAAGGAGGAUGCCACUUCUACCUCAUCUGUGAUUGAGAAGCCUACAUUUACUCCCACCACCCUCAAAGCUCCAUUCCUCGAGCAAUUCACCGAUGGCUGGGAGACCCGGUGGACGCCCUCUCAUGCCAAGAAGGAGGAUUCGAAAUCAGAGGAGGACUGGGCCUAUGUCGGAACCUGGGCUGUUGAGGAGCCACAUGUCUUCAAUGGCAUGGUUGGCGACAAGGGUCUCGUGGUGAAGAAUCCCGCCGCCCACCACGCGAUUUCCGCCAAGUUCCCCAAGAAGAUUGACAACAAGGGCAAGACCCUGGUGGUUCAAUAUGAAGUCAAACUUCAGAACUCUCUGAAUUGCGGUGGUGCAUACAUGAAGCUUCUUCAGGACAAUAAGAAGCUGCACGCGGAGGAAUUCUCGAACACCUCUCCAUACGUGAUCAUGUUCGGACCCGACAAGUGCGGGGUUACCAACAAGGUCCAUUUCAUCUUCAAACACAAGAACCCCAAGACUGGCGAGUAUGAAGAGAAGCAUAUGAAGCUGCCACCAGCUGUUCGCGUAAGCAAGCUGUCCACUCUUUAUACUCUCAUCGUCAAUCCAGACCAAUCAUUCCAGAUCCGGAUUGAUGGUGCCGCUGUUAAGAACGGCACCUUGCUUGAAGAUUUCAGCCCGGCCGUCAACCCUGAGAAGGAAAUUGAUGACCCCGAAGAUAAGAAGCCGGAGGAUUGGGUUGACGAAGCUCACAUCCCUGAUCCCGAAGCAACCAAGCCCGAAGACUGGGAUGAGGAUGCCCCUUAUGAAAUUGUUGACACCGAUGCGACCCAGCCCGAGGACUGGUUGGUCGAUGAGCCUACUAGCAUCCCUGACCCAGAGGCUCAGAAGCCCGAGGAUUGGGAUGAUGAGGAGGACGGAGACUGGAUCCCACCUACCAUUCCCAAUCCCAAGUGCAGCGAAGUAUCUGGCUGUGGUAUGUGGGAGCCCCCGAUGAAGAAGAACCCAGAAUACAAGGGCAAAUGGACCGCUCCUAUGAUCGACAACCCUGCCUACAAGGGACCAUGGGCUCCCCGCAAAAUCGCCAACCCCAACUAUUUCGAAGACAAAACCCCCUCCAACUUUGAACCCAUGGGCGCUAUUGGUUUUGAGAUCUGGACCAUGCAAAACGACAUCCUCUUCGACAACAUCUACAUUGGCCACUCCGUCGAGGACGCCGAGAAGCUGAAGGCCGAGACCUGGGACCUCAAGCAUCCGGUCGAGGUUGCGGAAGAGGAAGCCGCCCGGCCCAAGGAUGAGGAGAAGAAGGAAGGAACCCUCUCGUUCAAAGAAGCCCCUGUCAAGUACAUCCGCGGGAAGAUUGAGCUCUUCAUCUCCCUCGCGCUCGAGAACCCGGUCGCGGCCGUUAAGGCUGUUCCAGAGGUUGCCGGUGGUCUGGGGGCUCUCCUUGUCACUCUCGUCCUCAUCAUUGUUGGUGCUGUUGGCCUUGGCAGCCCCAGCUCGGCCCCGGCUGCCAAAAAGCAGGCUGAAAAGGGUAAGGAGAAGACCGCAGAGGCUGUUAGCACUGCGGCGGAUAAUGUGAAGGGAGAAGCUAAGAAGCGGUCUGGCAAGGCUGGCGAGUAAGUUCCAGGGGUUGAUUAUUCAUGUUUUUUUUCCCUUUCUUAUAAUUUUGAGAUACCCGCCUGAGGGCUGAGGGAGGGUGAGGGUGAUGAUGAGAGGGUGGGAAAAUGAGAUGGAAGGAUUGGAACAGGCACGGGACUACACCCCCUACCCUGAGGAUUUGUGGGUUGAUUACUGCAUACUACCAACCAAGCCAACGGGUAACAUUUGCAGAGAAUGAAAGAGAAGAAAGAAAAAGCUGAAAAUCACAAAAAUGAACAAAACAAAUUGAAAAUAAUAUAAUCCACCCACGCCAAAACAUGGAGCUGGAAGGUUGAAAGUGUAUGAUAAACUCCUGAAAAAAAGAAGCACAAAACACUUGAAGCCUGAGUUUUUACUUCUAACAUAGCUGGAGUUCUCUCAUUGCUCUUCUUUUUUUUUUUUAAAGAAAGAAAGCGGGAUACACUGUCGGGUCUUUCGUUUUGCUGUUAUGCUAGUUCUUUUCUUCUGCCUACAUCUUCGUCCUGUCCCUUUCUGGCCUUUUUAUUUAUUUAUUUAUUUUUUUUGCUAAAGGUUCAAAACAUGUAAAACAUCUUAUAUUUAUUGUUCUGCGGGAGACGUCUUAUUUUUCUUUUCCUGUGUAAUAAUGAACUGCAUUUUCACUCUUCCACAUAUCAUAGUUAUUUCUUCUCUGAACUUUUUUCACUUUUUUUUUUUUCCUUAUAUAUUUUUUCAUCAUUCUUGUCUUGUCUCUUACUGCCCGAUUAAGAUAACUAGCUGAUACAAGUCCCUUUCAAAACUAAUCUCGGUCCCGGGUUUGCAAUGGAAUGGAAAUGGAAUAAUAAAAGACUCUCGCGUUUUCUUUUUAUGUGUUGUGUAUGUGGAAUAUUUAAUUCAUUUGCAUCCCGUUGCUCAGCAAACAGCGGGUUUCAAGAUUGAUCGCAUUAUUACUGAGUUAUUACAAGCAUCAAAUGCUCGCUUACGCUCGCUUUGCUGCUUGCGCAGCCCCCCCUACCACUUCCACCCUCUGCCCCUACCCCCCCACUUACCACCUCUUCUACCCCUUUCACUCUCUACCCCC